GGAGGACUUCCGCCUUCCAGCCGGACGGCGCUCCUCCCUGCGUCACCUUUCCUUUAGAAGACGUGAGCCGGAGCCCCGCCCACUACGGAGGGCGAAGGGGGCUUCCCGCGGGGACCGUUCCCUGGCUUCUUCCGCCAGACCUUACAAUCGCCCGCCCGGCAUAGGUAAAGCCAAAGGCGAGGGGCGCCGUGCGAGGAGGGCCUGUGCGGGAGGACGUGGGCUUAGGCACAGUCCUGCGGAGGAAGCGGCUUCGCGCUCAGCUGUGUCCCUGGAAGGAUGGCCGCCCUUCUUCUAAAGAGGCUAACAUCACAAUCCAUAAAGACUGGAAAUAACUGCAUCAGCAGAUGUCUUGGUAGAUGCAUCCUGCAUGAGACCAUCCCAGCGCAGCGGUCCCUCGGAGCUUCUGUCCCAAGACUGUCCUCCUGGAUUCAUGCAAAAGCUUUCAGUACUGUUGCGGACCCCCAGGACGAAAGAAAGAAGAAGAAAAGGAGCGAGCCAGCUUUUAACAGCAUCGGGAGAAAAAUUCACGAGCGAGUCAUUCACGUGCUGGAUGAGGCGGGCAAUGAUUUGGGAAACAUGCACCGAGCAGACGUGAUCAGGCUCAUGAACAAGCGGGACCUGAGGCUCGUGAAACGGGACAGCGGCACCGAGUCUCCCCAGUACCAGCUCCUGACGGGGGCACAGAUUCACAAGGAGCAGCUGAGGCUUCGGGAACUGGAAAAGGCCAACCCCAAAGCUGGAUCUACCCUGACAAAGGAACUCAGUUUUUCUUCAAAUAUUGGACAACAUGACUUGGAUACAAAGAGUAAACAGAUUCAGCAGUGGAUUGAGAAACAAUACAAAGUUCAAAUUACCAUAAAGAAAGGGAAGAACCCAGAGGAGCCAGAACAGAAGAUGGAGGAGAUCUGUCAUCAAAUACUCCAGACCAUGCCUGGACUAGCUACCUUCUCAUCCCGGCCACAGCCUGUUCGGGGAGGAAAAGCUGUAAUGUGUGUUCUUCGUCAUUUGAGCAAAAAGGAAGAGAAUGCCUGGAGAGAAGCUCAAGGAACCCAGAAAGGAGACACUUUGAACAAAGAAAACAGAAACAAUCAAGAAUCAGAUGUUGUGCAUCAGUGAUUUUAAUAAAGAAAAAUGUGCUUCUGAGCGG